CAAAGAGGGACAGACACAGCGAGAGGGGAAGAGAGAAGGAGAGGAAGAGAGAGAAAGAGAGAGAGAGAGAGAGUUCCGCGGGUGCGUAGCCGGCGAGCCGAUUAGAGGAGGUAAAACGGGAGUGGGAAGGGUUGGAGGAAGAGAAAAAGCUUCGAGCAUCGAUCUCUCGUCCCCGGUGCAGCUACCAUGACGCGGCUGGUCGGAUACGUCGAAUCGUGUGCACCGUGGGAUCGGCGAGCCGCCUCGUGGCCCUGGAGACGCGAUCGGCCGAGCUAUAGUUAGUCGGGUGCAGGUGUCGAGCUAGGCCAGGUGAGGACGUCGGGGGCGAUGACGGCGAGGAGGACAAGGACAACGUCGCCGGGGACGACGAUGACGCCACGCGCGACCAAAUUACAAACGCUGGGUCUUCCCGACGGAAUGCAGGAGGCCGAUCGAACGCCUCCUCGCGACGACUCGCCCGCCCCGUGCGUGGUCUUCCCACGCAAAUUCGAUUCGGUGACGCGUACACCAUGCGCUGCUCGUUGAAACGACUCUCUGUCCGGCGACAGAACAACGGGCUGAUAAAACUGUUCCGGAGAUAGCGCGCAGGAACGGGCCGAACCGAUUUUUAGGAGACGCUGAAAGAGAAAGAAAGAGAGAGAGAGAGGGAGAGAUAAAGAGAGGGAGGGAGAGAUAAAGGCAGAUAGAGAGAUAGACAGAGUUUCGUUCGAGAAACUCCCGCGCCUCGAUAUUUACCCGCGAAAACCAACCGCUGAUAAGCAGACCCGGAGCGCGCAAGCGGCUCAUCGGUUCCACCGAUAAGGACCCGCUUUUCGAGCAGAGAUGGACUGCUGCAACUACGUAGAGGCGUACGCCGCUGGGGGCCACUUUUAUCAGCAGCAACACUACUUUUGCUACGAUAAUCCGAGCCCUGUAUACGCCGGCUACGAGCCGGCGCCGAUCGCCGCCGCGAUCGACAACAACCCAAGGUACAACGGACCUGUGCCGCCCGGCUAUUCCGCAGAUUACGUGUACAAUCCUAAGGAGGCCAGGCUGCGGAAGGCGAUGCGUGAGCAGAGCCGCGAGCUGUCCAGGCGAUCGAUCCUCCAAAGCGCGAUCGCACGAGCAGGCGUGAUCGCCGGUCCAGUUGGGUCGACCGGUUUUCUGGAUCACCAGCACCGAUUCGGCUGCGUUUCCGCUUCCAGUCUGCCGAUCAACCCGCCUCCGCCGGUCGAAACGGACCGGGUGCCCGAGUCCUGGUUCCAGUCGGCGACACCUCGGCCGAAACCGAUCCACUCGCCUCGAAUGGCCGAUUGGUACGGCGAACCGAUGGACAGACUGCAGCAGGCGCACGCCGCCGCGGUCGGGAUGCACCAGCGCACUUUAGACAAGUGCAAGGACCCUGCGAUCAGGACUCAAACGAGCGUGACCGCCGGUGGUCCCGAUUGUGGCCCCAGCUUCCCCGCAGCUGGUUACCCUGUUGACUUUGCUGAUGUCAAUCGGGAGAGAGAGCUUCGACGGCAGGAGAAUAUCCAGGAGUACGGUGAAUUCACCGACGGCCAGAAAUGGCACCCCUAUCAAAACGGCGGAGGUUCUCAUCAGCAUCCCAGGUCGUCGCACCCUUCUCAGAUGAGCGGGAUCCUUCAUUCGAACGUUCAGAGUCCGGGCUCGCACGGACACGGGCCAUGGGGCCAAUUUUGCCACGGCGUAUUGCCACAUGUACCGACCAUGCCUCGAAACGUAGGAGUUCGCGGACCACGGCACACUGUCUUGCUGCGGGACCGCCUGACCGGCAGACAUUGCGGAUUUACUGAAGAUUCAGCACGAAUGCCGUACGCACCGAAUAAGCUCGACGUGGAGAACAUGCGAGCGUCGUACUCGUCCUCCGAGCAUCAGAUGCCAAGACUACUUGAAUCGUCAGUCGACUCCAUGGUGGACUCUACACCGUCAAGGACUCGACGGGACGAUGAGGGAUCUAGAUGGGAGCCGAACACCAUCAAUAAUGGAAUUUCAAUGGAGAACUUGACGCCGACCACGGAAUCGAGUGGUCCUCGCGAGAAGGAGCCUCGCCGCGAUCGUUUCGAGCCGAAGAAGAAGGCCGUGAGCAAGCAGCCGUUGCCCGGAUUCCACCAGGCGUUCGGGUCGACGGAGAUCGGCCGGUUCUCAAGGUCAGAAUUCUUCGUGAACAUGGUGGGCGGCGAGACCGGCGGCAACGUGGAGGUGCCGGACACCGAGAGCCCCGGCGUAAGUACCGAGCGAAUGCCGGACGUAAACGGGGCCGGAUCGGCGAAUCACGAGGCCACCGGAGCCGCAACCGCGGUCACCGCGACUGCAACCACAACCGUGAGGAGCUUUAACGGCGACGAGAACGAGGAGGCGGACUUUGACGAGUCGAGCAACGAGCUCGUCGCUCCGACGUCCAUUAACAUGUAUUGCGGACAGCCAGCCGCCCCUCGUUGGCAUAGUCCUCACGUAGGCGCUAUAGGUAGCGAAAUUUAAGCGGAUCUUUAACCCUUUCGUGGGCCGCAACGUUUCCCGAACGGAUCGUCAGCAUCCUCGAUCAAUAUGGCUGCGUUUCGCCACUCGAGAUGGGAUCCGACUUCGGGAAACACUGGUCUAUGAAACAGCUUCAACAGGUUGACUGCCGCGUGUCAGCUGAGAAUUUUUUAUUCAGAUUAAAAAUUAGUUUUUAUAAUUAUACAAUGUACCCCCCGAAGGACGAGAUCUUCAAAGCUUAAGAAGGUCGUAAGAGUACUCGGUGAAAUAUAUUUUAAUUUUAUUAUUCUCGUUUCAUAAAUUCCUUUGAUUUUACGGGUUUCCUGAUGUCGUUCAUUUGGCAGUCAAAGUGUUGAACAACUAUAACGUUGCGUCCAAGUAUGUAAAGAGUAUGCUACGAGUAACACGACGUCGAUAAAGAGACUAGUUGUACACAUAGUUUAGUGUACAAUUAGACAGUCGUUCGGAUAUACUUUGUCGUGAAACAAUCAAACGUGUUAACGCAUUGGCUCACGAUCGAUUGAUCGUGAUUACAAUAGUCCGUUUCUCCUGUUAGAGUUAAGUAAAGCGAACGACAAAGGCGAGACUACCAGAGACACCAGUUGCAAAUGAUUUGGCCGUUCGUUGAACAUUAAGAGACACUGGCGAGAGCGGAUCCAUUUCGUAUUGCUGCCGCUAGGACUUUCUACACGAAUUUUUCAUUGUUUGGAAAUGGUCCAGUUCUUCUUAUCGCUUUACCUAUCGAAUGACGAUUAACUGUAUUAACCCAUUUGCAUCGUUAAUAUUUUAAUUCAUCUGGACUGAAAUAACUUCAUCGAGAACACCUCAAAAUGUGGUUUCUAACAAGAGAAAAGAAGAGGAAGAAUUCGUUAGUGCACUGCAUUAUGUACUGACAGCUUGAAACAAUGUUGUACGAAACGAUUGGUGACAAGGGAACUGCGUUCCAUUCUUCCUUGCGAUUCAAAUGGAUUAAUAGGUUUCUCGCGAAACCUCAAGAAUUUCCAAUAGUACUCGCAAAAGAAAGUUUUAUUGAUCAGUGUCGCUCACGUUAAUUUCUUGAUUAAAUCACAUUGAUUUCUAAGAUACCAUUAGUUAGCCGUCCGAUAGGUAAAGCAUUGAGUAUAAUUACGCGUGAGUUUGCAGGAUUAUCUUAGUUUAGAAAGUUCAAAUGGUCCGCGAAGGGGAUUAGCGAUUCGCCCAGGACGGCUUACCGCGUCCACUUUUAUUUAGGAUUAAAUUACUGUCUUCGACGUCGACGACGCUUUGUACAGGGUGAAGACUCCAUCUUGAGUCAGUCCAUUUUUUGUUAAUCGUGGCGAUCAAAUCGCCCUGUGGACGUCUUCUUAAAGCGCGAUUCGUUGAUUUCCUUUUUCAUUUUAUACGAGAACAAUAAACUUUUCUUCGACUUGUACAAGAGCAACGGACUUCGGAGAUACGACGUACGGAACGUAUCGGCGAUCCAUGCUCGCCGAGAUUGUGCCUUCCAGGCGACCGUGUAAAGCCAGAGUUCGCGGUCGAGAGAAACACAGAAAAAUCAAAAACAGCACGAUAUCCGAGCGUCUCGUACGUCAGAAGCUGACCGAGCAACCCGCAGCAUCACGGAGAACAAAUUCGAUGAUCGCACUUCUGUUAAAAAUCCAAUCAAGAUUAUGUUAGAUCCACCGUCCUCGAAAUUCUAGGAUUUUCCGAGGAAAUUUUGCAAUUCAUUCUAAGAUUUAUCUAAUCUUAGAUCUAAGUUUGGGGAACUAAACUGUUAGAAUUAGGCUUCCAUGUUGAAGAAUUCGCAAUUUUGUGGACAGAUAUUGAAUUGUGGGAAAUGAUUAUUGAAUUUCUAAUUGCACGAAAACUUGUAACUUUAACAGUUGUAAACUUGUGAACUCUGAGAAGAAUUUUACGAUUUUGAGGACUCUGAGGAGACUGAUAACUUUGAGGAUUCCAAGAUCCUCGAGGUCUGCCGUAUCCUUGUUAUCUAUUCAAAAGUGAUUGAUUUCUAAGAGCAACGGAAGAUAGCAACGGAAUUAGAAUAAAUGUUGGAUAUCUGCGGGUUACUUGGGCCAGUCGAAAAGUAUAAUCAAAAUGUGUCGAUGAAAGAAUUCGUUCGACACCUUCCGUCAAGUUGUUAGGUAUCGUCGACGAUACACGAAGCUAGUGUACGGACGAUGAUGUAUGGAAAUAUAUUAAAUUAUAUAUAUAUGUAUACAUAUGGAUAUAUAUAUUCAAAGAAGUAUAUGUAUGUAUAUGCAUAUGUAUAUGUAUAUAUAUAUAUUUAAAGAAGUAUAUAUAUAUAUUGUACUUAUGAUAAUGGAGGAACGAAAAUCGCGCGACAAAGUAUAUAAAUAGUAGAAUUUUAGACGACACGUAUUGCCGCGCGGAGAAACGUAUAAAUAAAAGUGAAAACAAUGAAACAUUCCGCACGCAGGAAGUCGAGGGGCCGAAUAACAACCCUUCCGGUUUCGGGAAACAACCUUAUUCGAAGGGAUUACACGGUACUUUGUAUUCAGAACUCGCUCGCCUAAGCAAGGAACGACCGCUCCUGUCAGGAAGGAGAUAUACGCGAUCUUAAUAUCUCUAUACAAUAUCAAUGAGCGCAAAGCGACGAAACGGAUCGACGAAUUUCUGAGUGGAAAUCGUAGACGAUAAGGAUAGCUAAUUGAAUUUUUUAUAUACCCGUUUUAUCUCGUGUAUUUAUUGUCAGAUUUAUAGAAAAUUGGGAAUCUUUUCGAAUUACUUACACCGGACAAAUCACGUUUUAAACGCCUGGAUAAGCCCGUUGCCUUCUCCGUAAUUAUUGAUCGCGGUACCGUGAUUGUUUAUCACGAUCUGUGUUUCCUUUUUUCUCAAAUUUCCGAGAAACGAGUGAAAAUGGUUUUGGCAAACAGUAUAAGUUUCUCACCGAGAUGAACUUGAUAUUAGGGCAAGGGGUUCAUCCAUUUCUACGUUCUUCAACACUAGAAAUACCAAGCGGUGUAGAAAAUUAGUCUUGAAUUUCGAAUCGAUACGUUCUUGAAUUUCGCUAUUAGAAACACGAAAUUUGUUCUCUUUUUGCUUGAAUCUCUGAUUUCGAACAUUUUGUUCGUUAAAAAUUUGAUAUGGAUUGACCUAUUUGGUAGUUCUAGUGUGAAGGAUGUUGAGGAAGUUGGAGGCCUUCCGUUCCAUUUUAUUCGACGCACAUUCAAUUUUGGUACUCGAAUACGAACGAGAGAAAGAGAGUUUUUAAAAAGGUGCUCGAAACUCUUGGACACUUCGAGAGGCUUUCGUAACUCGCGUUUGCAAACCGCAGUUUCAGAAAAAGAGAGAACCCAGUUUUUCGCAUUUAACCGGUUCGAUUCCGCGCGUUUAUCGAUUUGAUAGAAGACGUUUUUUAAAACCCAGCACACACCGAAAUCGAGGACGAGCAAACGAAUUUUCGACGAAUAUAUAUUACUAUACUUUUAUGACCGAGUUCUGAAUCCCCGUGUCGGCGUUCGCGAGCCACGUUGAUCGAUCGAUCGGUACAUCGACUUGAACAGAAUAAUUCAUGCCGGCUAACCCUUGUACCUAUCAUGGGACCAAAUCAAAAGCGAAGCUUUUAUUUCACGUUCACCGUCGCGCUUGCGUAACACGUAUUGUCGCGUUCUAAGGGAAACCAUAACUUCUUCUUCCCUCGUUCUGUUCGCUCGACCGCUCCGGAUCGAAGGCGAGGAUCCACGUUGGAUUGCACGAUCCUCCUCGAUCCCUCGUAUAAAGCUCAAAAAGUACUAAACAUUAUUCUGGCAAUUAUUAUUGUGAACUUUCUUUCAAGAAAUGAUGGAUCUAUUAAAAAUAGAUCGGCAAUCUAAACUCUCUGCGAAGACUAAAUAGCAGAGUGGAUCUUUAUGCAAAGUUUAAAUUCAUAUUGGAAAUGUGUUCGAGACUGUCCAUAGUACAAUGCGACGAAUCGUUGUGCAUCGCGACACAAGCGAAAAUCUCUUGACGUCGCAGUAUGCCCGAUGCAGAACGCGUUAAUUAAAACGAUGAAUCACGAGGAUCCCGAGGAGCAUCAUGCUGUCCAGCGUGACGCAACGUUCUGUCGAGCAGACAGCUUGAACACUGUUCGAUUUAGGAAGAAUGAAACGUUGAAGGUUUAUAAUUAUUAUUGUCCGUAGGCAACACCUUCGACACAGGUGUGCACCUUCGUUUACCCUUCUAUUGGACGAGCGUACGUCCGGGAAACAUGAAAUGAUGUAUAAUGCUGUGAUUUGUUUUAAACGAAACAACAACAAAAAGGAAACAUGGGAAGGAAGAAAUUGAACGACGUAGUUAUAGAGGAACGAUUAUUAUUAUUAUUAUUGUAACGCGUCGGUCGAUGACGAGUUGUGAUAAAAACUGCGUAACGCAUUUUAAUGUAGAACCGUUUGCAAUUGAACGAUCGACCAUCGGCUGCCUUCGAUUCUGGCUCGUGCAUCAUGCGUAAAUCAAAAAAGCAAAAUCGAACCAACGAGACUGGUGUCUGCAAAACAAUUGUUACCCUCGAGAAUUCUGUUAUCUUGUCCGGUAGUGCAAAUGAGUUUGCACUGGUUCGACAUCUUCGCGAGAAGACACGCUUGUACAAUGAUCGAUUCGCGUGAUCAUCGAUCCAGAAGCAAGGACAACGCCGUCAACGAACAUUUCAUCGUUAGAAACCCGCCGGAAGUUGCGAAUCCUACGACGAGUGCUGGCGGCGCGUUGAUUACUUGAAAUUUUAACUAAUUUUGUUACUUUCUUGCGGUCUGUCUUGACGACGGAGACUGUGUAACAUAGGAGUACAGGACGUAUCACGGGUUUCAACCGGCGGUGAUAGGGUCCCCGAUACCCGGGCCUGAUACCCGGGCACCCCGUUAUUGGCAACGACGUUAAUGUGUAGAUCGUGAUAGAGAAAACGGGAACGGCGCCGAAUGGUCGCGUAUGUGGCGAACCUAUGCGUAUAUAAACACGUAAACGACUUUCUGUCUAAUUAUUAGCGACUUAUUAACCGUAAUCGGUAGGUGGAUCGGUGAGAAAACCGGAUAGGUGAUGAGGAGAUACGGAGGAGACGACAGAUACUUGUGUGCAUCCUCUUAGUUCUGCAAGUGCCAACGUCGGUGUUAAAAAACAAAACAAAACAGAAAAGAAAAAAAAGAUAAAAAGUCCUUCUAAAGGCUCGUGUUUUAUUGUAUCGAAUUCGAACGAUGUAUCGAAAACGACUCCGUCGGACGUGGUCGAGCUUCGGCGGGGAAACAGGGCUCGAAUAUUCGACGUGUUCGAACUUCCGGGAACCGACGAACCGGUCAGCUGUCCGACCUUUUCAAUUCUCUAAAGCGUUUGAAUGAAUAAAACAGCUCGAAUUGUAUUAGAUAACGAUCCUUGACUUUAAAAACAGUUCGAACCAAUGGAACGAUUCCAACUGACGAAGCAAUUUCAGCUGACGGAGCAAUUCGAACUUUGUUCGUCCAAUGUCGGAACAGUUUCGAAUGUCGAACUUUGAAUUCUCGCUGGAACUCCGACAGCAAAGUAGCGUAACAGCCGACGGAGUUAGGAUAAAUGGAGCCAGGCGGAGAAAAACGCAAACGAGAACCGUGUUUUCAUUCGUGCGGUCGCGUGUACAUUGAUAAAUGUAUUGCCGGUGUAUUAUUGAGCUUAAAAAUGAGAUUCAGAGUGAUCAGGCUCGUUCGACCUCUAAUCAGGGGACACGGGACUGCAUCAUCGAACGAGAGCGUGAGAAAAUGUUCGAUCAAGGAUCACGUGUGCAUGUGUGUGAAAAAGAGAGAAAGAGAGAGAGAGAGAGAGAGAGAGAGAGAGAGAGUCCCAUCCGAGUGAAACGAGCGUAAGCAAAAAUCGUAAACGAGAAAAUAAACGGAUAUCUAUGCGACAGUCGAGAAUCAAA